AUGGCGCGGCCGCCGCUGCCGCUGCUGAGUAAGCCGUCACUGCCUCGCCCUCCUCCAUCACAUCUGCCAUUCAGCCAUCGAGAGACGGCGUCACCUCGGCCUCGAGUACUUUUACCGCACUUUUCAAACUCCAAUGCCAGUACGACAACACUCAAUUCUCCUGGUCGGCUACUGCAGCCCGAGGACUUCACCAAGACUCCACUGGAGAAGUCCAUCGAUGAGUUGCAACGCGUCAAGGCACGGGUACGGGAUAGUUUUGCUCGGAUGAACCAGACGCACGAAUUGUUCGAGUUGGACUUGGACGACACGACGCGUAUCGUGAAUUUUCUCGAGGCUGAGCAACGCUAUCUCGCCGGUAUGUACGCGAAUCUCCUAGACUUCAGCGCUCGACAGAUCCAGCGCUGCUUCCGAGGGCAUAUUGGCCGCCGAUUGUUCCGGCAGACCGUCGUGGUGCGCGCUGUACUGCGAAUUCAACGCGAGUUUCGCGAAUUUCAUCGUCGUCGAGAGGAGACGCGGAAGAAGUCGCGCGUGCUGUAUCGGAAGGUGCUGCGAGGCCUACGAGGCGUGUGGGAACGGCACGAACUCACGCACGCUGAGCUGCUUACGCGCGUGGGGCACAACCUGCAGGUGGAAGCGCAGUGGCGAAUGGCGAUGGGCGUGGAGGACACGGAGAGCGACCUGAUCACUGCGUUGUACCGCAAGAAGUACAUCCGACGGAAGUUGGGCGCCAUCUUCCGUCAACUGUACUGGUUGCACUCGAUCGGAUGCUACUGGAGGUCGCUUCUACCCGAGCCAGAGCCUCCAGCCCCGGCAGCCAGCGGAAGAUCGUGA